AUGGCUAUUGACUCAGGACAGUCAAUUAUCCCUCUCCUCAAGGGAGUUAAAGAAUUGCAAGAUUGCUUGACUUCACUUGAAAUGUUUUUAAAGGAAUAUGUUAUAGAUGUAGAAUAUUUGGAAAAAUCAGAGAAAAUGGAUCCAAAGUGA